AUGAUGGCAAUACAUAUAUUAUUUAUAACCACCGUCAUUUAUUUAAUAUGGAUCUUUGACAUUUUUUGUUUUGCUGAACAAUCUCGUUUAAUUCAACGAUCAGCACCAUUAAUUAUUGAAGGUCCACAAGAUAUUGCAGCCGAAUUAGAUAAACCAAUUCAGUUACAUUGUCGAGCGGAAAGUUUUAAUCAAUCAUUGGAUGAUCUACAUAUCGACUGGUAUAAAGAUGGUAAACGUGUUACAACUGAUCCAAAUGCUCGAAUAAUAACUGAAUUUAUGGCAUUACAUAUUAUAAAUACUAUUGAACAAGAUCAAGGCUCAUAUUAUUGUAUAGCAAAAAAUUCAUACGGAAAAACACAAAGUAGAACAGCAUUAAUACAAUUUACAAAAUUGGAUCGUGAUUUUGAAAUAGAACCACAGUCAAUUGCUGUUGAAUUAUAUGAAAAUAUCCGUUUGAAAUGUCAACCACCAAAAGGAACACCAAUACCAACAAUUUAUUGGCAAAAAGAUCAUAAAAAUAUAAGUUUAAAUGAUAAUAUACGUCUUGAACAAAAUGAUUUAAUUAUUGAUUCAAUGAAACAUUCAAAUUUUGGUUCAUAUCGUUGUUUAGCAACAAAUCAAGCUGGUAAACGUGAAUCUAAACUAGCUAUUGUUCAACAAUUUAAAAAACCUGAAAUAAAAAUAAAACCAGGAAAUAAAAUUGAUGUUAGACGUGGUACAAAUAUUGAAAUUCAAUGUCAAAUAUCGGAUAAUACUGAUUCAUCAUUAAUUGUCGUUUGGAAACGAGUUGAUAAUAAAGAAUUUCGUAAUGGUAUUAUUGUUAAAGGAAAUAUAUUAGAAAUACAAUCGGCACAGUAUGCUGAUACGGGUGUUUAUUAUUGUGAAUUAAAUAUACAAGGACGUCUAUUAAAAGAAACAAUGAUAUUUGGUGUCUAUGAAAAAGGUCCAAAUAAUGAUUAUCAUAGUGAAGUAAAUGUAACAGCAUUUAUUGGAACAAAUUCAACAUUACGAUGUCAUUUACCAAAACAAAAACGAGAUACAGUUAUUUUUUGGGAAAAAGUGUACAAAUCAAAUAUGCAGAAUAUUGGUUUAUAUAAAGGUCAAGAAAAUGGUCGAUUUCAAGUAAAUUAUAAUGAUGAAUUAUUAAUUCGUAAAAUUGAUGAAACAGAUGAUGGAUUAUUUUUUUGUCAAAUGUAUUCGUCUUCAGAUAAAAAAAUUUUAUUAGGAAAAACAACUGUUUAUGUUAAAGUUUAUUCAUUAGAACCGCCACCAAUUAUUCGUAUUGUACCUAAUAAUCAAACGGUACCAGUUGGCGUUGAAAUUAUUAUCUCUUGUCAACAACAAGAUAGACAAUUAUUAUCAUCUAAAAUAAAAUAUUUACCACUCAACGAUAAAUCUGAUAAUUACCAUUCAAUAAAAUGGUAUUUUAAACAGACACGUUCAAAAAGUAAUCGUUAUCAUACUCAAUCUUUAUCAAAUCAAGAAAUGUUAAUUAAAUUUGAUAAUAAAAAACAUAAAAUUGAAUCAAAUGGUGAUCUUAUAUUGCGUCAUGUUGACAAAAAUGAUACAGGUAUUUACAGAUGUUUGGUAUCAAACAAUCAAGGAGAAACAAGUUGGAGUGCAACGUUAAACAUUGAAGAUCCACGAUCGAACGCUGUCUUUCAACGAGUAGAAACUAAAGAUUUACCCAGUGCACCAUCGCAACCUGUUGCUGUUGCAUUUGGUUCAGAUUACAUCGAAUUAGCUUGGAGUGAUUCAUUAAUGCAAACAACAGAAGGAUAUCUAAUUGAAUAUUUUCAAUUGACAUCAAAACCACUCAAUUGGAUUCGAAUUGGUCCGAUUCAACCGAUAACAAAAUAUAUUAUAUCUAAUUUAAAAUCAGGUUCAUCCUAUCAGUUUAUUGUUCGUGCAUUAAAUCGUUACGGAUUUGGACAACCAAGUCCAUUAUCAGAAGUAAUUGAUACUCGUCAAACAACAAAAUUUAUUUCAAAUGAUCAUGAUAAAGUAAAAAAAGUGCUAAAUUCUGAUCAAGAAUUAAUUCGUUUAUUUGAACCGAUUAAUGUACAGGAAACAAGUGUUAAUUUAAAAUGGAAUGUAUUAAGAAAUUCUGAUUUAAUUGAAAAAUAUUAUGUUUAUAUAGUAGAAGAUGGUAAUAAUCAACGAAUUGAAACAACACCAGAAAAAGGAAAUGGACUAUAUGAAUAUAUUGUACGAAAUUUAAAGAUGAAUACAUUGUAUCAAAUAAAAAUAAUUCCAUAUAAAUAUGAUAUACAAGGAAAGGAAAGUAAUACAAUUUAUAUUAAAACACCUGAAGGUCCUCCAAGUGCACCACCAGACGAUGUUAUUGUCGAAUUAACUGGUCUAAAUAGUUUAUCGAUUAAAUGGAAUCCACCUUCAUUAAAUCAUCAAAAUGGACAAAUAAUUGCCUAUAAAGUCAAUUGUCUUGGAAAUAAUGAAACAACAUCGAUUCGAUUACAUAAUAUUAGUUCAGAAGCAAAAGGAUUACAUAUUAAAAGUUUAUUUGAAAAUUUACAAUAUUGUAUUAGUGUGGCAGCUAAAACAAAAGCCGGUGAUGGACCAUAUACAGAACCGAAAUGUGUUAUUAUGAAUUCUGAUUUUCUCAAACGAAAUCGUAAUGGUUUAGGGGGAAAAUUACGUAUGGCUAUUGAUCAACCAUGGUUUAUACCCGUUAUCAUUCUUAGUUCAUUGUUAUUCGUUUGUCUAAUACUCUCAACUAUUUGGUUAUGUUUUAAACGUUAUCAAACAAGGAAAACAUAUGGAUCGGAUCAAUUCGUUGAAUUACCCAUACAUAAAACAAGCAAUGGUACAAGAUAUAAUCUUAUUAAAGAUCCAUUAUGGACAGAUUCAUUACGAAGUACAAGUAAUUUAGGUAGUGGUCCAAGUAAUUUUCUAAUGACAAAAUGUUGUACAGCGGGUAGUUCGGCAAGUGAUCAAGAACAACAACAGCCAAUGUUUAUACAUAAAAAUCCAAUAAAUGCUCUAUUACAAGAAUGUAAUAAUAAAAAUUUGACAUUAUCGGAUCAUAGUUGUGGCAGUAAUUCGUUACAUCAUUCAAUAAAAACAAAUCAAAAUCAUAAUAAUGAUACAACAAUAACAACUGUCUCACCUGAUAGUUCACCACAAUAUACAGAAAUAAAUAAUUCAAAUAAUAUUCAACAAACAUUAAAUCCGUAUGCCACCACCGGUCUAUUUUCUCCCUGUAAUGGAAUAAUGAACGGAAAUGAGUUACCAACCUAUAAUGAAUCUUUACGAACAACUAAUUAUCUACAAAAUUCCUUACCAUCUUCUCCUUUCAAUUUUACAACUUCUCAAAAUUCUUCUCGUCAUCAUAAUGGUUUAAUAUUCCCUCAUUCAAUUGAUAUCUCUCAACAACAAAAACAAAAGGCAUCAUCUUCACCCUAUUAUUCUCAAACAUCUUCGUAUUCAACUCAUCAACCAGUUAUUAUUCCAUCUGUUGAAUAUCAUCCACCUUGGUAUCCGAUGGGAGAAGCCAAUGUAAAUGUUCAACAAUUAUUAUCGUCUCAUCGACAAAACAUUCAGCCAUCAUCUCAACAUACGACACCUUAUCAUCAACAACAACAACAACAACAACAACAACAACAACAUCAGAAUGAAAAUCAACAACAAUCUCCACAUAUCUAUCGUACAACAUGUAUCCAUUGUUCUCAUCCUCAUACGCCAUCGUCUAUUCGUACAUCCGCUCGUUCACCGAGUUCACAUUCACGAUCGUCAUCAAAUGGUAAACAUUUUCGUCAUAAUAAUCGUAAUAAAAACAAUGGCAACAAUAAUACGAAUAAUAAUAAUGUGAAUAGUCGAUCAAUCGAUACAGAUGUUCGAUGGAAUAAUGAUCACACAUGUUCAAUUAGUGAUUCAUUAAAUAGUAAUCACGAUUUAACAAAAUCACGUUCUAAUAGUAAAGGUCGAAUAACAAAUAUGAACAGUAAAAGUGAAUCAAUAAAAAUAACAAAUGGUAGAGAAAAAAUAAAAAAUAAUCAUAGUAAACGAAAUUUAAAAUAUCAAUUACCAAAUGAACCAAUGUUAAACUCACAUAGAGGAGAGACAAUGAUAACGUCAUGGACGAGUGUAACGGAUGGAAGUAAUCCUGAAAGUUCAUCGAGUAAUUCGGAUAAUAAUGACGUUAAUCAUGAUCACAGCAGAACAAGUAGUGAAGGUUCAAUAUUUACAGAUUCAGAUUUGAAGAAAAUUACGUUAUCGUUUAAUCAAAAUAAUCAAACGCAACAACCAAAUAAUAAAGAUUCAAAUUCAACAUUUGAAGAAAAUAUUUGUCAACAACGACCACUUUCUGCUAAUCUGUUAUUGGAAGAAAUUAAUAUUCUUAAGGAGACAACAUCCAUAUGA